AUGGAUGCUGAAUUGUUGCCCAGGAAGAGGGAAGUCAUUCCGCACACAGCUAAAGAGGUGAUGGUGGGUGCUGCGGGUGGGAUAGCGCAGGUUUUAAUCGGGCAGCCGUUUGACAUCAUCAAAGUCCGCAUGCAAACCCAGGCUGCCAGGGGUGCGCUGCAGAUGGCGAGGAAUGUCUGGACUCGGGAAGGGUCCCUGGCUUUCUAUAAAGGAUCCACGGCCCCGCUAGUAGGAGUAGGAGCCUGCAUCAGUAUGGUCUUUACCUCCUUCCAAUGCUUUUCCAGUAUGCUCGCAUCUCAGAAUAAUUCAGAUGACACAAAACGUCUCCUUUUCCAACAGAUCUAUCUUGCCGGGGGUAUGGCCGGUCUGGUAAACAGCGUCAUGUCGGGUCCUGUGGAGCAUAUUCGAAUCCGACUGCAGACGCAGCGCUCAGAAUCCUCACAACAACUCUACUCCGGGACACGAGACUGCGUGCAAAAGAUACUGCGCCAAGCCGGCCUGGCGGGUCUCUAUCGUGGGCAAAUUCCCACCAUGUUGCGCGAGUUCCACAGUUACGGGAUCUGGUUUGCCGCGUACGAGUUCCUGCUUGGUCAGAUGAUGGCAAGGGAGAAUCAACGUCGCGAAGAUAUUGCACCCUGGAAAGUGGCCGGAUGUGGAGGAAUUGCUGGAGAAGUUCUCUGGGCGGCCAACCAUCCGUUUGAUGUGGUCAAGAGUAAGAUGCAGACGGACGGCUUUGGCCCCGAGCGAAAUUACCGCACCAUGCGGGACGCCGUGCGGCAAACCUGGCAAGUUGAUGGGUUUCAAGGGUUCUUCCGCGGUCUGGGGCCAACACUGUGUCGAGCGAUGCCUGUUUCUGCGGGGACAUUUGUGGUGUAA